ACUCGAAGUCCAUAGCAACCGGCGCACCAUGAAGUUCCUGAUUGUCCUCUGUGCCACCGUCGCCUGUGCAUUUUCAAAGCCUGGAGUCCUUGCCACAGGAGCCAUUGGUUAUGCUGCCCCGUCAAUCGCUGCAUCCGCUCUAGCAGCUCCUCUAGCUUACACCGCCCCUGCUGUAGCUUCGCCUCUGGCUUACACCGCCUCUGCAGUGGCCGCCCCUGCUGUAGCUGCGCCUCUGGCUUACGCUGCCCCUGCUGUAGCUGCGCCUCUGGCUUACGGUGCUCCUGCAGUGGCCGCCCCUGCUGUAGCUGCGCCUCUGGCUUACUCUGCCCCUGCUAUAGCUGCCCCUGCAGUGGCAGCCCCUGUCUCCGUGAAAACCCAGUAUCACGCGCAGGAUGUGCUCGGACAGGCGAGUUACGGACACGCCGAGCCUUUCCAGACCCAUAAUGCAAUUCAGGACGCCGCUGGCAACAAGAUCGGCAGCUUCAGCUACCUGAGUCCAGAAGGCAACGUGUUCAGGACUGACUACGUUGCUGAUGCCCUGGGAUACCGCGUUGCAAGCAACGCCCUGCCCGUCGGACCCUCCCUGCCCCUUGCUGACACCCCUGAAGUUGCCGCUGCUAAGGCCGCACACCUCGCUGCCAAGGGCGCAACAGUCAUUCACCGUGUGAGGCGGCAGAUCAUUGGGCACACGCCUGCUGCAACCGCCCCUCUGGCCUACGCUGCUGCCCCCGUAGCAUAUGCUUCCCCUAUUGCAGCUAUCCGACCUGGCAUCCUGACCAACAUCGUCAACACACCCGGACACGCCGUCUCCUACCGCGUCGACUAGACUGCACGUCGUCAUUUGACCCAUCCAAUGCUGAACACUGGCUAUGACUGAACUUUGUGUGAUUGGUGCGUGGAUGUUGAGUGUUUUGUGCGCAUACAAUGUUAUUAAUCUCUAUUUAAACAAAUAAAAUCACCCAACAAAU